AUGUCUCUAGAACUAUUUGUGGGCAGGUCUGGGAGUGGCCCCUGCGUACUCUGUCGGUAUACAGAAGAUACUGCCGAGCACACCACCACCGCUUACAAGCUGUGCAUUAAGGGAAGUGUAUGCACGGAAAGGCUCCUAUUGGAAGACCCUUCCAAAUCGUGGACCUUCCAGGGAUGUUGUGGGGGCCUAGAAAGGAUAACCAAUAAAGGACUGAUGUUUUUCCCGGACGGAAUUACAGUUAGGAGAAUUAUACAGUAUGAUUUAAAAUUUAAUGACCGAGAUGGAAGAUCCGGAGGUGGAGUGAUAGAUGCUGCAGCACCAUUCUUUAGGUAUGAACCUCCAAACCUCCAAGGUUAA